AUGGCCGAUGAAUGUCAUCCCGAACGGGUCACCCCUAUGGGCUUAGAAGAACUGAGUGGUUUCAUCACAAGAGUUGACAGCAAGAUCAGGCUUCUGUUGAAGGGGCUUAGAGCACAAGGCCACGAGAUGACUUUGGUAUUUGAAGCACUCCGAAACUAUCAAGAGAGCAUGAAGACAAGGCUCAAAGACGUCAUCAACAUCGCCUUUGAAACUAAAAACAAAGACGAAGCCCUCAAACGCUUUACGGAAUCCGAAGAGAGCAUCGCGCUUGUGGAGGCACUGACCCGUUUCUUCUGGAAAAAGGAGGAGCAAAUCGAUGCUCGAUUGAACAAGUGCUGUGAAGUCUUCGGGGCAGUGGGGUGCCAGGAGCCAAAGGAAGAGAGCAGACCUGCAGAAGGCCCUGAUCAGGCAAAGGGUCAUGCUAAGCGCGAAGAAGAUAAAAAACUGGAUAAAAAGCCAAAGGGUCCUGCUAAGAACGAAGAAGGCCAAGAACUGGAUAUGAUUGAUUUGAAGGGCUCCAGUGAAGAAAGCGAAGUAGGAAAGGACACAAUCAAAGUUCUGCAGCCACAGAUGCCUUCAAUAGUUUCAGGGUCAUCAGUGGCUGCGGACAAUCUUGAACAUGAAGCUGCUAAGAGUGAAGAAGCUCAAGAACUGGAUUUAAACCCAAAGGAUCCUGCUAAGAGCGAAGAAGGUCAAGAACCGGAUGAAAAGGCAAAGGAUCCUGCUAAGAGCGAAGAAGAUCAAGUACUAGAUAUAGAGCCAACGGGUCCUGCUAAGAGCGAAGAAGCUCAAGAACCUGAUAUAAAGUUAAAGGGUCCUGCCAAGAGCGAAGAAGCUCAAGAACCAGAUAUGAAGCCAAAGGGUCCUGCUAAGAGUGACGAAGGUCCAAAACGGAAUAAAAGGCCAAAGGGUCCUGAGAGCGAAGAAACUCAAGAACCGGAAAUAAUCGAUUUGAAGGGCUCAGGUGAAGAUAGCGAAGAAGGGAGAGACACAAUCAAAAUUUCAGGGUCAUCAGUGGCUGAGGAAAAUCUUGAACAUGCAGCUGCUCAUCCCGGGAUCCAUGUCAAAUUCUCUCAACUGAUUCGUGGCAUUCAAAGAGUUGAUGAGAAGAUCGAGUCUCUGCUGACGAAUGUUCAGGGAAAUAGUUGUGAGAUGAAAUCUGCAGUUGAAAAGAUGAAGGAUAGUCAAGAAGGCUUGAAGGCGAGAUUAAACAAACUGAAAGAAAGGUGCUUCAAAACUGUCGGGAAAGAGGAAAAUCUUGAAGUUGUUGGGAGCACAGCCAGGGGUGUUCUGGUUCUAAAGUCAGUGCUCAGAUCACUCACAGAGGAAGAGCAAGAAAUCGAGGCUCAGGUGGACGAGAGGAUGGCCUCCCUGCAGGUCACGGCCCCCAGAGACAGCAGUGGACUUAUUGGAACGGCAGAUGAAGAGAAGCCGAAAGAGAAUAAAGAGCCAGACGGAGGCACAUUUAAUGUGGAAAGCUCUAAUGACAGUUUAACAAGGCCUGAUCCCGUGGUGCCCGAUACUGGCAGAUCAGAGGAAGUGAUGACUACUGGCAUUUCUGUGACCGUAGAAGCCGAACCCGGGUCUGAGGAAGACCAAUUGAGUGCACAUGAUCUCUCACUGCCUGAGUCAGCUGAUCUCGAAAAUCUUGUUGAUCGUAAGUUGACCGAGUUUAUCAAUCUCGGUAUUACUGAGGAAGAUUUCAAGGCCAUGGAUGAAACUAGAAAAAUAGAGAUCGAGAUUGGGGAUAUGCUGAUGAGUUUGCAGAAAAGCUUUGCACAUGGCUUGAUGCACCAUGCGACCAAGAUCCAUGUCGAGGUUUCAGUCAUGCUAGCCGAGCUCUUCCUUUUACUAUCAACAAAUGUGAAGGAAAAACUGUUCAAGUUCCAAGCAUUCAGGUCCUGUCUGAAGGACAUUGAGGAGGAUAAGAGUGACGCGAAAGUGGUCAAGUGGAUCCUUGAGGUGCUGAAGGUGGCAGAUGAAGAAUUGAAGAAGAUGAAGACAUCCACUCGUCAAGGACAAAAAUGUCGAUCAUCCGAGACUGAUGGGGACAAGAAGCUGCCUGAAACUGGUGAGCUACUGGAAGAGCUUAUUGAUCAGUUCAUCAUCUUGAUUGCUGAAUUAGACAGUCUUAUGAAUUACAUGGGCCAUCUCGAAUCUCGGGUACUGGACAACAAGGCAAUUCAAUCAUUUGAGAGCGGCUUGAAGAAUAUGGAGAGGAAAGUGCAGGGCAUUGAGUCGAAUAUGGAAGUUCUCAGGAGUAGAUGUAGCUAUCGUGAUUUUUCACCUGUGUUAGUCGGAAUUGCUAAUGUGCACUGUGGGCUAGGUCUCCCCAAAAAGUAGAAUAGAAAGCUCCGAUUGAUAGAGUGUCUGUCAAAAUGUUUUUAGAUGAAUAAAUAAAUCAUGCUGCUGGUAACUAUCCCACUAGCAGUUUAGUUGAUUUUUCUCC